AUGGACUCCCAAACCUUUAAUAUAUCUACUAAGAAGGAUAUAGCUUAUUUCAACCGCCCAGCCGACGAGUGGUGCUCUAAGAAGAUCGCGACCCAAGGAACCACAAUCACUUAUAGACUGGACCGUGGACAACUUUUUAAAGAAGUCGAACUGCCGCCGCCAGCCCAAAAAUUACUUGACGAAUUUGAAGAGACGCACAAGGAUUUGGGAACUGAUUUCAGUCCAUCAGAUAUGGAUGGAAUUGAUAUGGAAUAUCGUACUAUAGUGGGUAUAAUGGGCCUUUCUAAAAAUCUUAGAACUCUGGCACUUUAUUCAGAAUGCUUGGAGCGUUUCUCGAAAAUUUGGACACUUUAUCUAAUGACAGUAAUGAUAAAUGAUAUACCAGAAAUGUCUGUGUGGCCUACUGCUUUUCCCGUUUCGCAAGAUACCUCGGUAACAUCGUUUCUACAAAUGAAGUACAUAACGAAGACAGCAACAAUCUUCCAAAAAAAAAGUGCGGGCAUGUGA